GCCCCGGCCCCCGAGCGGCACGAUGACCGACACCCGGCGGCGGGUGAAGGUUUACACGCUCAACGAGGACCGGCAGUGGGACGACCGGGGCACCGGGCAUGUGUCGUCCGGCUACGUGGAGCGGCUGAAGGGCAUGUCCCUGCUUGUCAGGGCUGAGAGCGACGGUUCUCUACUUUUAGAGUCCAAAAUAAAUCCUAAUACUGCAUACCAGAAACAACAGGACACUUUGAUUGUGUGGUCUGAAGCAGAAAAUUAUGACUUGGCUCUUAGCUUUCAAGAAAAAGCUGGAUGUGAUGAAAUUUGGGAGAAAAUAUGUCAGGUUCAAGGAAAGGACCCGUCAGUGGACAUCACUCAGGACCUUGUAGAUGAGUCUGAAGAGGAGCGUUUUGAUGAUAUGUCAUCGCCAGGUUUAGAAUUGCCAUCUUGUGAAUUAAGUCGCUUUGAGGAAAUUGCAGAACUUGUGGCAUCAUCUUUACCUUCCCCCCUGCGUCGUGAAAAACUUGCACUAGCACUGGAAAAUGAGGGUUACAUUAAAAAGCUCUUAGAGCUUUUUCAUGUGUGUGAGGAUUUGGAAAAUAUUGAAGGACUGCACCACUUGUAUGAAAUUAUCAAAGGCAUCUUCCUCUUGAAUCGAACUGCUCUUUUUGAAGUUAUGUUCUCUGAGGAAUGUAUAAUGGACGUCAUUGGAUGCUUAGAAUAUGAUCCUGCUUUAUCACAACCACGAAAACAUAGGGAAUUUCUAACAAAAACAGCCAAGUUUAAAGAAGUGAUUCCCAUAUCAGAUCCUGAGCUGAAACAAAAAAUUCAUCAGACAUACAGAGUUCAGUAUAUACAAGACAUGGUUCUACCUACCCCUUCAGUCUUUGAAGAAAAUAUGUUAUCAACACUUCACUCUUUUAUCUUUUUCAAUAAGGUAGAAAUUGUUGGUAUGUUACAGGAAGAUGAAAAAUUUCUGACAGAUUUGUUUGCACAGCUAACAGAUGAAGCAACAGAUGAGGAAAAAAGACAGGAAUUGGUUAACUUUUUAAAAGAAUUUUGUGCGUUCUCUCAAACGCUACAACCUCAAAACAGAGAUGCUUUUUUCAAGACUUUGUCAAACAUGGGUAUAUUACCAGCUUUAGAAGUCAUCCUUGGCAUGGAUGAUACACAGGUGCGAAGUGCUGCUACUGAUAUAUUCUCAUACUUGGUUGAAUAUAAUCCAUCCAUGGUACGAGAGUUUGUCAUGCAGGAGGCACAACAGAAUGAUGAUGUAAGUAAGAAGUUAACAGAGCAAAAAAUAACCAACAAGGAUAUUUUGCUCAUCAACCUCAUUAUAGAACAUAUGAUUUGUGAUACAGACCCUGAACUUGGAGGAGCAGUCCAGCUUAUGGGCCUCCUUCGAACAUUAGUUGACCCAGAAAACAUGUUAGCUACUGCCAAUAAAACAGAAAAGACUGAAUUUCUGGGUUUCUUCUACAAGCACUGUAUGCAUGUCCUUACUGCUCCCUUACUGGCAAAUACAACAGAAGACAGACCUAGCAAAGAUGAUUUUCAGACUGCCCAGUUGUUGGCACUUGUAUUGGAAUUGUUAACAUUUUGUGUGGAGCACCAUACCUACCACAUAAAGAACUACAUUAUUAAUAAGGACAUUCUCCGGAGAGUGUUAGUUCUUAUGGCCUCGAAGCAUGCUUUCUUGGCAUUAUGUGCUCUUCGUUUUAAGAGAAAGAUUAUUGGAUUAAAAGAUGAGUUUUACAACCGCUACAUAAUGAAAAGUUUUUUGUUUGAACCAGUAGUCAAAGCAUUUCUCCACAAUGGAUCCCGCUACAAUCUGAUGAACUCUGCCAUAAUAGAAAUGUUUGAAUUUAUUAGAGUGGAAGAUAUAAAAUCAUUAACUGCUCAUGUAAUUGAAAAUUACUGGAAAGCACUGGAAGAUGUAGAUUAUGUACAAACAUUUAAAGGAUUGAAACUGAGAUUUGAACAACAAAGAGAAAGGCAAGAUAAUCCCAAACUUGACAGUAUGCGUUCCAUUUUGAGGAAUCAUAGAUAUCGAAGAGACGCCAGAACACUAGAAGAUGAAGAGGAGAUGUGGUUCAACACAGAUGAAGAUGACAUGGAAGAUGGAGAAGCUGUCGUGUCUCCAUCUGACAAAACUAAGAAUGAUGAUGACAUUAUGGAUCCAAUAAGUAAAUUCAUGGAGAGGAAGAAAUUAAAAGAAAGUGAGGAAAAGGAGGUGCUUCUGAAAACGAAUCUUUCUGGUCGGCAGAGCCCAAGUUUCAAGCUUUCCCUCUCUAGUGGAACAAAGACUACACUCUCCAGCCAGUCACCUGCAACAAACCUGCCUGGUUCUCCAGGCUCACCUGGAUCCCCAGGCUCUCCAGGCUCUCCUGGAUCCAUCCCGAAAAAUACAUCUCAGACGGCAGCUAUUACUACCAAGGGAGGCCUCGUGGGUCUGGUAGAUUAUCCGGAUGAUGAUGAGGAUGAUGAUGAGGACGAAGACAAGGAAGACACGCUCCCUUUGUCAAAGAAAGCAAAGUUUGAGUCAUAAUGGCAACUGCCUGUGAUCAGUACCUGUUGAGAAAACUGGUUCUCUGCCCCUCCCCACUACAAAAUCUAUAACAAAGCAGUGGUCUCUUGUGAAUGACUGACACAGAUCAGCUCGCACACUUGACUUCUGCUCAUCAAGUGCCAAUUCAGUGGAGCAGGAGGAGGGGAUAAUUACACAUUUAGGGGGAAGACUUACACCUUUGAGGUCUCCAGCUUGGACCACACAUUGCCCUUUUCUCAGGGAAGGAAAUGGAAACAAAAAGCCAACAGGGCAGGGGUUUUGUAAGUGGAACUCUGGAUUGACUGGUCAGUUGCUACAAUCAGAAUAUGCUUUCUCGGACCAUGUUUGAGACUCAGAAGAAUAGGCUUUUCUGCCCUAAUUCUUCACUAGUUAAGAAUGCCAGCAGUUUCUUUGUAUAAAGAGACCUGCCUUUAAAAUCGUACAUUCUGAACACAUUUUAGUCAAGCUACAGCAGGUUUGGAAAAACCUCUUUGGGGGAGGGGUGAAUAUGAAGUUUCCUCUUUUUUAUCUGUUCCCUUUGCCCUUCAAACUGCAGAUUUUUUUUUUAAGUGGGGAUUUGUCCCUACUUGAUUAAAGAUUGAGUGGAAUUCUAGA